CUUUUUUUUUUGAUCCUUUGCCCAUUUCGUGCUCAUGACGCUCAUCUCUGUCAUCAUCCCGAUGUACAAUGCAUCGCGGUUUCUGCAGGCAACGAUCGAGUCCAUUGUCGCUCAGACGUACCGACCGCUGGAAAUCUGCGUAUUCAACGAUGGCAGCACGGACGACUCGUGCGACCUGCUGCGCGCGCUCGCUCAGCGACUGGGCAUCGCCGUCGUCCAGGACGACUCGGGACGCGCCUAUCUCAAGGAGGAAGUCGAGCGGCUGUUUGUCGUGUCGCGGGAUCAGUCGCUGCCAGAGACGCCAUUCUCGGCCGCCAUGCUGGAGCUGGCCGAGUUCCACAAAGUCACUCCGCAAGACAUUAGCCCCUCCUUACUCACGAAUCGGUCGGUUCUGGCAAUCAACGAGCAGUCGCAUGGUGCGGACGGGACCUGUGCGCCGCUAACACUGCGACUUGUGACCCGCGGGGAGCAAGAUUGCGCUGUUCGCGGGCCUGGCAACGGCCGCAAUCGAGCAGUGCGCGAAAGCACGGGCGAGUUCUUGUGCUUUAUCGAUGCCGACGAUGUCAUGAUGGCGGAUCGUGUGGCAAAGCAGCUCGAAUUGGCUCUGAAAGAGCCGCGCGCGUUGGUGGGCUCCAACUUUACUCGCGAUCCUCCAGACUCGACAGCCCGAUAUGCACGCUGGUGCAAUUCAUUAACCGAUGAGCAGCUCACAACCCAUCGAUUUAAAGAAUGCACCAUUAUCCAGCCAACGUGGUUUAUGUCUCGAAGAAACUUUGACAUUGUUGGAGGAUAUGACAUUAACGGCUGGGCCGAAGACCUCAAGUUUCUGUAUCGCCACGUUGCGCUCGGAGGAACACUGCACAAAGUCCAAGAGCCGCUUCUCAUGUACCGCUACGUUCAGCAGUCUGUGUCGUCGAUUGUCCCACGGACUCUUGUGCGCGAUAUUCGCUUGCGUGCGUUCGAGUCGCAAAUCCUGAGCUCGCCCAACCUCGAGACCAGUCGGCGAUGGUCACGCUUUACCAUCUGGGGCGCUGGGCGCGAUGGCAAACAAUUCUUGAAAGGCUUGUCCAAAGACUACCAGCGGCAAGUGAUUGGCUUUUGCGACGUUGAUCCAGCAAAGAUUGGCAGGAACGUGUCGGUGUGCGGGGAGACGCGCCGCGACGUGCUCUUCAACUUGCCGUGUGUGCAUUUUUCCGAAGCCAAGCCUCCGUUGUUGAUCUGCGUCACCAUGGAUAGACCCCUGGGAGAGGGAGAAGUACGGCAAGGACCGUCGUUCGAGGAAAAUCUCUCCAGCUUGAAUCUGCGUGAAGGAGUUGAUUACUUUUUGUUUGGAUAAAUCGAACGUCAGGCAACUGAUUGUGCGCUUCUUUAGUCCAGGGGCAGGGCCGUAACGAAGUGACCAAAGCGACAGACGGAACAAAACUACACAGAGGUCGAUCGGUUCAGCUCAUUUCAAAGUGGAACGAGCCAUCGCGUCAGAUAAACAGAGUGGUG